AUGCGGCGAAGGUUCUUUAACAUCUAUGAGCAGACAAGCGACGGUGAUGGCCCCCAGGCUACAGGCCAGAGCGCGCAUGUCGCACGCGGCGAGCCAGGGACGUCGGAGACACGAGGACAUGAGAGGAAGACCCCUCCGUCAGUCACCAAGUCGGCGGAGGGUCAUGGUGGGUAUCCCGCUGCAUCGACCCCCACACCUACCACCCCUCUGAAUCGUUCGCAGGAUGUCGUCAAGGGAUCGGCGUUUUCCGGUAGUUCGUGGCGUCCGUGGCCUGGUACACCGACCGCAACACUUCCCAACAGCGGCGUGGAGGCCGACUCCACCGCGGCACGGUCUCGUGCCCAUGGGACCGGCGGAGGUCAGGUCAACAGGAGCUUGUUCGCCUCGCCGCCAAGGAUGCCUCCUCCUAAAAUUGCCGGCACCCCAUCUAACCUUGCCCCUGCCACGCCCUUGGUAGCACCUUCACCGCAGGUGCACGAACGUGGUCCGGACGGAGGGAGCGGGUUGCCUGGCAUGAUUCCCACCCCCUUCCUGCCAACAUGCGAGGACCCUCACGCAAACGUCCGUGGAACGGACACCAGUGUAAGAGGCGAUGCGGCUGGAGACGACGCGGCAUCGCGGGCGAUGGUGCAAAUAAAGAUGUUGUGGGCGCAGAUUCAGGCAAGUCGUGGGACCAUGGAUUCGGUGGCUACGGCACAUGGGGGUGUGCCGAACUUCACCCUUAGGGCAGACCUGCAGGCCGCUCUUGCGGGAAUGGAGUGCAAGGAGGCGGAAGAGUCGAGCAAACGAGCGGUAGAAGCCUCGCCAGCCGUGGAACCCCAGGCGGCGGUGUGGAGGCCGAACGGCAGACCCGUCGAUGCACCUCAACAGAGUGGGGUGCGGAGGGAAGCAGCGCCAGAGACGCAGGCUCCAACACGGUCUGCCCGGGUUGACAGUGAGUUACCGCCAGUUGCAGCGGCAUUUGCCGCGCCAAACCGCGGUUUCGCAAUGAACCGACUGGCCGGAGCUGGGAGGCUCGCGGUUGUGGGCAACCCCAUGGCUCGCAGGGUGGGCGGCGAAGGCCUAAGGACAGCGCCGGGGAUGCCUGCGGGAAGCGUGGCGCCUGAUGGGGCGGGAUGGGAUCGUCAUGUGCCUCCCAUCGCGCAAGGAAGGGGGGUGAAGCGGGAUCGGUCGCGGAUCACGAUAGUGGUCGACUACAACCCGAAUGAUGCUCGGCCGGAUUUGCAGCCGGGAAUGCCUCCGGCCUCCGCGAUCCAUUUUUACGCGAAGAAGGCGAUGCAUAUGCUGUUGCGUUCAUGCGCCACGCAUGGCGUCACGUAUUGGCCGACGGAUGAGGAGAGGAACGUGGCGCUGCUCGUAGUGCUGCGGUGCCACUACGACGUAUGUCAACUCGACGUGGACCGCGCCAUGGAGAACGGCGCGUACAGUAAGGUGGUUAACAAGUUGUGGUCGAAGUUCAGGAGCGACUCAUCCUCUCAAGCUCGCCGUUGUACUGUGGAUGGGCUUCAGAUCGAGGUGGAGGCUCCAGGGGUAUACAAGCUUGAGAUUGACAUUGAGACGAAGAAGUCACUGUGGGGACGCUACGCGCCCAGUGAGUGGCUGUGGGCGCAAGCAGGGUAUCGGGGUGGGGAUGUUGCCGGGGCAGCUGGUGUCCACGUGGAGCUGCGCGGAGGGGGAUUUGCGGCCUUUUACUUCGAAGGUUUUCUUCCAAGCAUGCUGCGCGGCCUAUCCAGAGUGGCUGUUUGGCGGCAACAUGGUGCUGGUGCCAUACCACAUCGCCUGGGUGUUGUAUUCGGUGAGUCCGUCACGUAUUUCCCCGUUGUGUUACCUCCCCUGCGCAUGGCCAUCUGA